AUGUCUCCAGUAGCAUUCACCAUUGGAGAUCCCCUUCCGCCAGCUGCCAUAAAUGCUCGUCGCAUCGAACUCUCAUUUCCAUUAGUCGUUAAUGGCAAUGUCAUCUUCCCAAACUUAGAGGAGCAACGGAGAGAGCUUACCAGCAUCUUCCCGACUACUCAGAGCGCUUGGGUAGGGUCUCCAUACCUUGUCAUCCAAGUUCAGGAGCUUCCACCGCCGCCAUGGCCCCUCUCGGUCGGCCGCAUUCCAUUACAUCUCUCUACAGAAGACGAUGCCAACGGCCCCAUUGACAAAGGCGACCAGGGCCGUUCCAAAACCGCCGCGCUGCCUCAAUACAAUCUCAGAAAUGAUCCAGUCCCUAUCCUGCCGAUCUUUAUCGACAUCGUAGAUUACUUCAAAUCUAAGCACGUGGUUGUACACGAGAUUUUCCACUUCCCUGGCUUCUUUCGAAUUACUGUUGCCGACGACACGAACUUGGAUACGCUACCUUGGAGGAUCUCAAAUCAAGCCGCCUUCUAUAAGUUUCGCAACCAAGAACAAGACCCGGAUGCCUCAGCGCUCCGUGUGCAACAACCCUCAGGCGUCCUUCAAGACAACACCAACUAUCUGGCCAACCAUAUUGGAUUGCUCCGUCCAGGUGUCAUGGUCAGCUCUUCCCUCUCUGAUGGAUCAUGGACAUCAACAACAUUGGGCAUCCUUGUAGUUGACAGGUCUGGAACCCCAUUCAUUACAGUGGCAGAUCAUGGAUUCAGCAACGACGGCGAAGUCUGGCAUCCAGAUCCAGGCGGUACUCUGAUUGGCAAGAUCAUGCACAGAUUUCCAGACUCAGACAUUGCUCUAGUGCAGCUAGAGAAGCACAUCAAAUUCGACAACAAAACUUUUGGCAACGUAGACAACCCUGAAGGCACCAUUCCAAGUGGCAUUGCCACCAAAUCCCUUUUUUUUGACAAUAUCGAUAUGGACAAUCCGUUCUCGGGCUAUUGCGUUGGCCAAAUUCUUGCUCCCGGUGUAAGGGUUGAAGGACCUGGCUUACUGAUUCAGCAUUAUUGGGUUAUCAUGGAUGCCAGUAGUGAUCAGGGCCCAAUUGAUGGAAGUUGUGGAUCAGCAAUUCUUAAUGACGAUGGUGAGGUGGUGGGAUUCUUUAGUUUCAAGAAGCAGGGCUCUCGAGACUGCUACGCUGUGUCCUCCGAGAUGUUGAUCAAGGCCGGCUACCAGAUACCUAUGCCACAAGUACAAACUGAUGCAGAAUAA